CAUAGAGAAAUAUUUUAUUGUUUCAUUUAACCCAUACAAAACCUCAUUGAUUUUUGUAUGAAAUUUAUGGUUAUGUUUUCGCCCAAAAUUUAGUUCUUACUCUUUAAUCUUUAUUUCAUCAAACGUCUUCCGAUUGGAAUUGAGCUUCACCCAUUUCAAAUUCCCACAUAAAGAUCAAAACCAUUCUACGAUUUAACCCUAAUUUCAAAAUCCACGCAUACGCAGACAAAAUGCACAUUGCACAUUCCUCCUUUUGGUAUCUUGAGUCUUGACUCCCUGUCUGACCAACAACUGUAGAUAGCUUCUUGGACGAGCGCGCCCAAACUCAUAUUGGGUUUCCUUUCAAAAACGAUCUUUCUUCUGUACACAAAACAAUGGCAGGUGAAAGCGCAGCGUCUCAUAGAAGAGACCCGAUCAAGAAUACAGUUGGGAAUGCUGCUGUACAAAGGAGAAGACAGCAUGCUGUUUCAGUGGCGAAAGAAAGAAGAGAAGCGAUGUUCAGAACCAAGCGAUUGUGUACAGAAGUAGUUAGCAACGACAUGGAUGUCGCCAUCCAUGGCGACAUGAUGAUUGAAGAGGAGCCAUCAAUUCUAGAGGCUCAAACGUUUUCUGCUGUUGAAGAACUAAAGCUUGCAAUUUCUUCAAAGGGAAAGGACACAGUUCAAAAGAAGGUGAAUGCUCUUCGUGAACUAAGACGAUUGUUAUCAAGAUCCGAGUUUCCUUUUGUUGAAAUUGCUCUUAAAUCUGGAGCAAUACCUCUACUUUCUCAAUGUCUUUCAUUUGGCUCACAAGAUGAACAAUUGCUUGAAGCAGCAUGGUGUCUUACAAACAUAGCUGCAGGAAAACCAGAAGAAACAAAAGCUUUGGUUCCAACAUUACCAUUACUAAUUGCUCAUCUUGGAGAUAAAAGUUCAUUAUGUGUAGCUGAACAAUGUGCAUGGGCAUUAGGAAAUGUUGCUGGAGAAAGUGAGGAAUUGAGAGAUCUUCUUCUUUCACAAGGAGCUUUAAUUCCUCUUGCAAGAAUGAUAUUUCCAGACAAGGGUACAACAGUCAGAACAGCUUCUUGGGCUUUAUCAAAUCUAAUCAAGGGACCACACCCAGAGGCUGCAACUGAACUCAUAAAAAUUGAUGGAGUUGUGGAUGCUAUUCUUCGACACUUGAAGAAAUCGGAUGUUGAAUUAGCAACUGAAGUAGCAUGGGUGGUUGUGUAUUUAUCAGCUAUUUCAGAUGUUGCAAUAAAUGUGUUAAUGAACACUGAAAUUGUUCAAGUUCUUGUUGAUCGAUUAGCUUCCUCAAAUACUUUGCAAUCACUCAUUCCGUUGCUAAGGAGUUUAGGUAAUCUCAUGGCUGGUGAUGCUUACACCACCAAUAUUCUUCUUGAUCCUGGACAUGAAACCACAGAUAGUAUUAUCCGUUCAUUAAGCAAAUGUUUGAAAAGCGAGCAUCGUUUCUUGAAAAAGGAGGCGACAUGGGUGCUAUCAAACAUAGCUGCAGGAUCAGUUGCACACAAGCAACUAAUAUGUAAAAGUGAAGCAGUUUUCAUUGUUAUUAGAGCUUCUUGGAUUCCAUUUUUAUUAUCGGAUCAUUUGAUUUCAUUUGUUAGAAAUGGAUGCCUUUGUGGCUUCAUUGAUCUUGUUAAAUCAUCUGAUCUUGAAGCUGCAAGACUUGGACUUCAUUUCAUCGAAUUGGUGUUGAGAGGGAUGCCGAAUGGUGAGGGACAAAAACUUGUUGAAAGAGCGGAUGGGAUUGAUGCAAUGGAAAGGUUUCAAUUUCAUGAAAAUGAUGAGCUUAGAGUGAUGGCUAAUCUUCUAGUUGAUAGUUAUUUUGGAGAGAUGUAUGGGGUUGAUGAGUAGAAAUAAGAUAUAUGGGUUAAGUGUGUGUUUAUGUGUGUGUGUGUGUGUUAAGUUUGAGAUUGGAUACUAACGCAUAGGUUAACCGUUAAUGGUUGAAUAUAAUGUUGAUUUUGGGUACAUAUUGAUUGUGUUUGGAGACAUGUAAGGUGUC